AUGAGAGCACCCGCAUAUAAGGACCGGAUAUUAUUCCAGUUAGAGACGGUGAAUUCGGCAGAUCUGAAGGAUCCGGUGGUUCCGGCGGAGUGUUCAAGGUUUUUUGAUGAAGGAACAUGGGUAGCAGAUCUGAAGGAUUCGUCGACAGAAGGUGAAUCGGACGACGGAAAGUGA